AUGUGCUGCUUACAGAGUUACAAGCGUGGACGAAGAAAGCUGCCAUUCAACCUGUUUAGAAGCAGCUCUAAACUCGACUUUGAAAUCGUAGUCGUUGAUGUUCUACCGGAUGCUAAUCCAGGAUCUAAGCCAAAGGUGGAAGUAGAAGUGGUCAAUACAGGAGCACACCCGAUUUACGUACAACUCGCACUUCAUGAACAACAACUGCUGUUUGAGACCAAUCUCCUUGCGAACGACGGCAAAGUGGAUGAUACAAGCUUCCCGACUGUUUAUAAGAAGGUUGAGUCCGGAGAGUCAAAACGACUGUUCAAAGGAUUCAACGAUGAAAGUCAAGACUUUUACGAGAAAUUCUUCGAAAAUUCGCCAAACAUCCCAUCGCAGCUAUUCGGAAGUUUAAACAUUAUCCCUCAAUGGUGCAAAGCGUCGGAAAAUCUCUCUUCGUUCUUCAAUUCAGAGAACUACUUCACGUAUUCAAAUCAAGACUGCGAUUCUACCUUGGCUGAGUUCUUCAUGUUAAACUUGGAAUGGCACCGGGAAUACUUCGAAAGCCUACAAAAGCUCCCCUCUCGAAGAAAGCCCAAAGGGCGCCGUCAGUCAUAG